UGGCCCGGGCCGGGACGCGACCUUGAGUCAGCCCCUACCAUCCUGGGCGGCCCACUGCUCAGGCUGCCAGUGUAGGGCACGCCCCAGGGUAGUGAAAUUAAGUGGGGGAAACAAGGGCUGGAGUCGCGUUUUAAUUCCGCCUCAGCUCCCCAAGGCCGCGCCUUGUAGCUCGGGCUGCAAACUUUAGCGUUUCUUAAGUUACAGCGGUGCGUGGGUUUCUGGGAGGUCGUGGGUAAAGAGAAAGCUGAGUAAAUAGGUGAGGCUCGUGGUGAGAAGGUGGAGUCUCAUCCUCCCCGCGCGGGCCCCUAGCAGUCGAGGUCGUCCCCCUCCCCGGUAGCGUGAGCCCCAAGUUUUGCUCGCCCUGGGGCGCUUUAAGGGCAGGGCCCUCCGCCACCGCGCACGUGAGCGGUACCGGGAAGUCGCACCUGGCCACCGGCGUCCUUGCCUCUGACUGGAGGGGAAACAAAGGCCUGAGAACUGGCACAGCCUGCCCGUGGUUGGCUGCGAGGGCUGUUUCGGCGUCAGCUGCCUUGGGGUGUGGGAGGCCCAGAGCCAUGUCGGACCUGCUACUACUGGGCCUGAUUGCAGGCCUGACUCUGUUACUGCUGCUGACACUGCUGGCCUUUGCUGGGUACUCAGGGCUGCUGGCUGGGGUGACAGUGAGUGCUGGUUCACCUCACAUCCGCAAUGUCACUGUGGCCUACAAGUUCCACCUGGGGCCUUAUGGUGAGACUGGACGGCUUUUCACCGAGAGCUGCAGCAUCUCCCCCAAGCUCCGCUCCAUUGCUGUCUACUAUGACAAUCCUCACAUGGUUCCCCCUGAGAAGUGCCGUUGUGCAGUGGGCAGCAUCCUGAGUGAAGGUGAGGAGUCACCCUCACCUGAGCUCAUCCACCUGUAUGAGAAAUUUGGCUUCAAAGUAUUCUCAUUUCCGGCACCCAGCCACGUGGUGACAGCUACGUUCCCCCACACAACCACCCUGUCCAUCUGGCUGGCUACCCGCCGUGUACACCCUGCCUUGGACAACUACAUCAAGGAGCGGAAGCUGUGUGCCCACCCUCGGCUGGAGAUCUACCAGCAAGACCAGAUCCAUUUCAUGUGCCCACUGGCACGGCAGGGAGACUUCUAUGUACCUGAGGUGAAGGAAACAGAGCGGAAAUGCCGGGGGCUUGCAGAGGCCAAUGAUGCCCAGAUGGAUGGCACAGGUACAGAAGGUGGAGGAGCUGACACAAUGAGUGACACGAGUUCUGUAAGCCUGGAGGUGAGCCCUGGCAGCUGGAAGACUUCAGCCACCACACUAUCCCCGGGGGCAAGCAGCCGUGGCUGGGAUGAUGUUGACACUCGCAGUGAGCACAGCUACAGCGAGUCGGGUGCCAGUGGUUCAUCCUUUGAGGAGCUGGACCUGGAGAGUGAGGGUCCCAUGGGAGAAACACGGCUGGACCCUGAACCUGAACCCUUGGGGUCCACCAAGUGGCCCUGGGAGCCUAGUACUCCUGAGAAGGGCAAGGAGUAACCUGCUGCCUGCACCUUCCUGUGGUGGUGGAGUUGCUAAGGAACUGAGCAGACUCUCCAGCCCUCUUCUUCCUUCACCUCCUGGGCCCAGGCUGAAGCCAGGGGGUGCCUGAAGUUCUUGAUUUCUCUUACCCCAGGCUUCUUGCUAAGCCCUCUUCUUACUGCUUUUUUUGGCUUCCAGGGCCAAGGAGCCAAGGACUGUUUUCUGCACCAGCUCCCAAGGAUGCCACCUCUGUUGCAUCUUUUUUCUGUCUCACAUCAGAGCUUCCAGGACCCCGAAUAAAGCAAAUGAUUUUCUUGUUUCACCUGGA